AUGAAAAAUUACCGGACAUCUGUUCAAGGACUUAGGUGUUCUCUUAUUUUAGGUGCAGCUACGGCGGAGGAAUCAUCCUCAACAGUGUUAGUCUCACCUACAUUAAGAGCUGAACUUGAUUAUUUUGUGAAGAACAAUGUCGACGACUGGGAUUUCCACGAAAAAGCAAUAUUGGAUGCUGAUUUAAAAGUUAUAGCUGGUGCAUUAACAACAAAUACAAGUUGCACGAGUCUUGAUUUACGUCACAAUAAAAUUACUGAUGUUGGUACACACUAUUUGGCCGAAGUGUUAUCUGUCAAUUAUACGGUAAAGGCGCUCCUACUAAGCGAUAACAACAUAGGUGACAUUGGCCUCGGAUAUUUAUGUGACGCAAUGACUGAUCCAAAAGAAUCACUCAAAUUAUUGUAUAUCAAUAAAAAUGGAAUAACUGACCAUGGCGUAAGAGCACUAGCUGAGAAGUUAAAACUUAAUAAAUCAUUAGUUGAUCUUUCACUCAAUUAUAAUCAUAUUGGUGAUGAUGGUGUUCAAGCUCUGUGUAAUGUAUUAAAAUCUGAUAACACAACUCUGAAACGUUUGCAUCUGCAGGGUAAUAAAAUACAGGACAGCGGCGUUGAUGCAAUCAUUGAAAUGAUUCAAUCACACAGUGCAUUAGAGGAAUUCAAACUUGGACAUAAUCAAAUAUCAAGUGAACCUCGAAAACAAUUAGAACGUACAGCUGAAACUCGCAAAUUACUUCUCGAUCUGUCUCUAUAA